AUGGGUUUAUCGGGCUCGGAAACCGACCCUUUCAAGCCCACCUUCACUCAAGAUGUCUUCCGGUUGGAGAUCUGUGGACCCGAAGAAGAUAAUUUGAGUAUCAUUGAUGUCCCAGGUAUUUUCAAGAACACUGCAUCUGGUCUCACUACCAAGCUGGAUAUGGAGAUGGUGAAGAAGAUGGUCCUGGGCUACAUGCGCAAACCUCGUUCCCGCAAAUGUGGACAUAGCCACACGAGAUCCUCGAGAUGGCGCAGGAACAAGGGGGCUGAAAACAAGGUCAUCGACUUGGUUGAGGGCAAAUCUCAUUCCUUACCGCUUGGCUGGAUUGUUGUGCGCAAUGCCGCCCAGCAACAGCUACUUGAUCAGAGUUCUGACCGAGACUUGGUCGAGGCCCGGUUCUUUCGGGAGAAUCACCCAUGGAGCAACCUUCCGAAGGACAAAGUUGGAAUUCAUGCCCUCAAGAUUCGCCUGCAAGAGGUGCAAACGACUCAAAUUCGUCGAGAGUUUCCUAAGAUGCGUACCGAUGUUGGUCGAAAGCCGAAGGCCAUGAGGCAUGAUUUGUCUGCUUUUGGAAAUGAGCGAAAUAUUGUUUCGCAGGCCAUGACAACUUCAUACGGCACACAUGAAUUGUUCGACAAAGAGAAGGAUACCCGACUGACAACAAUAGUCAGAAACCGCAUGGAAGGUUUGAAGUCCGAAAUGGAAGAAUAUGGGCUUGAAUACCAGUUCGUCAGUGAGAUUUCCGAUAUCCAAGAUGAGGAGGAUGAGGAAGAUGGUGGCGAAAUCACUGUUCGCAAGCACAUGGGUGUGUUGGACAACAGUGGCGCUAUUGAUGGCAUUCUUCACGAGCAAGAGAUUGUGGAAAAGCCCACAACCGACAGCAUUCUUGCAUGGAUCGAGGACCAGUAUUGUACUUCUCGCGGAUUCGAAGUGGGGACAUUUCCGCCCUCUUUAUUGUGCACCAUCAUGAACCGGCAAUCUGGGAAACGGGCCGACCUCGCGCUCGGGUAUGUUAGGGAUGUGAUCGAAAUCAUGCAUGCCUUUAUUCUCAAAGUCCUUGGAGUCACCUGCCCGGAUGAGCAAAUUUGCGACAAACUGGUGAGUGUUCUCGCUGAUGAGCUGUCGAAGCGAUACAGAGAAGCAAUGGAGCAGGCCAAGCUGGUUCUUGAUGUCGAGCGCAUGAACAUAACGACAUUGAAUGACGGAUUUUAUGAGAGCCUUGAGGAAACUCAAAAGAGAAGCCACCGGGAGAAGUAUGAGCCUACCGACGACGAGGCAAAAGCUCCAAUGAGCAACACCGAGAGCACUGUUCGUUACAUUCAUGACAUCUUGGCUGCCUACUACGAUGUUGCAUCUAAGCGGUUUGUCGACAACAUCUGCACUCAAAGCCACCGGCUACUUUCUGUUCACCCGACCACGCAAGCCGCUUGGACUUUUCUCGCCUCAGUCUGUUGCGAACCCGACGGAGGAUCAGUUGACGGAGAUUGCGGGGGAGAAUGCGGCGCUGAGCCGGCGACGUGCACAGCUGAAGACGGGGAUUCCGGACUUGGAAAUUGGUCGAAAGAUUAUGAUGUAGAUCUGAUCUGCAUGUCAGGCCAUUCUAGAUGA